UGGCGGCGCUACAUACUGCGCAUGCGCACGACACUCCGGUCUUUUUCCCCCUAGCGCCGCCGGGCCCGCAGGUCUGCGUGGAGCCGCGAUUGCGGGUUUCUGUCCGCAGCAUGGGGUUUGUGAAAGUUGUCAAGAACAAGGCCUACUUCAAGAGAUACCAAGUAAGAUUCAGAAGGCGGCGAGAAGGUAAAACCGACUACUAUGCUCGGAAGCGAUUAGUGAUCCAAGACAAAAAUAAGUACAACACACCCAAAUACAGGAUGAUAGUUCGUGUAACUAACAGAGACAUCAUCUGCCAGAUUGCCUAUGCCCGUAUAGAGGGGGAUAUGAUAGUCUGCGCCGCCUAUGCACACGAACUGCCGAAAUACGGUGUGAAAGUUGGCUUGACAAACUAUGCUGCCGCCUAUUGUACUGGCCUGCUGCUGGCCCGCAGGCUUCUCAACAGGUUUGGUAUGGACAAGAUCUAUGAAGGCCAAGUGGAGGUGACCGGAGAUGAAUACAAUGUGGAAAGCAUCGAUGGUCAGCCUGGGGCCUUCACUUGCUAUUUGGAUGCUGGUCUUGCUCGAACUACAACUGGCAAUAAAGUUUUCGGGGCCCUGAAGGGAGCUGUGGAUGGAGGCUUGUCUAUUCCUCAUAGUACCAAACGAUUCCCUGGUUAUGAUUCUGAGAGCAAGGAGUUCAACGCAGAGGUCCAUCGCAAGCACAUCCUGGGCCAGAACGUUGCGGACUACAUGCGCUACCUGAUGGAGGAAGAUGAAGACGCUUACAAGAAGCAGUUCUCUCAGUACAUAAAGAACAACGUUGCUCCAGACAUGGAGGAGAUGUAUAAGAAAGCCCAUGCUGCUAUACGAGAGAAUCCAGUCUAUGAAAAGAAGCCCAAGAGAGAAGUGAAGAAGAAGAGGUGGAACCGUCCCAAAAUGUCUCUUGCCCAGAAGAAAGAUCGGGUUGCUCAAAAGAAGGCAAGCUUCCUCAGAGCUCAGGAGCGGGCUGCUGACAGCUAAAGCAGUUUUCUAUGAAGAGUUUUUCAUAAAGAUAAUAAACUUAUUGACCAAGCA